AUGUGUCCUCCUAUCGACCGCGAUUUAUUACUUGCUCUGAAAUCAGUUGGUGAGCAGCUGGAACUUCUUAGCUGGACCCCUUGCAAAAAUCAUCAUUCGUUAUGGCAGCACAACCUUCUCAGAUCUUCUUUUCCACGAACAAGAAGAAGCUACCGGGGGGGAAGAGCUGCUGUCGUCAGAUUCGAGGCUAGAUGUGCUCUCUACUCCGUGAAUCCUUACCAGUUUGCUCGGCCCGCUACCUCUAAAGAGAAGAAGAUCCCUCCUCGCGUCUCUGUUCCCAGGCUCGGCUUACUUAAUGCCCGCUCGGUUUGCAAGAGAAAACACGACAUAGCCGAUCUAAUCAUCUCCUCAGGGCUCGACUUCCUUGCGAUUACCGAGACGUGGCUCAAUGUCACCCAUGGUGAUCACAUUUUGAAAUCGGCAUGUCCUCCUGGCUACAUGUCAUUACACGUUCCUCGUCUGGUCGCGAAGAAGAAGAAGGGUGGUGGUGUCGGUCUAGUCUUCAGGGCGUCUUUUAAUGUGAGGGCAGUCCACCUUGACAUCUCCCUGACUAGUUUUGAGCUCCUCUGCGUCCAGAUCAGUUCAUCUACCAAAACUAUCCGACUCUACGUCAUCUACCGUCCGCCAGAGCGCCCUGGUUUUCCAUCAUUUUCGACUUUUCUAUCAGAGUUUCGUACUCUACUUGAGUUUGCGGUCGACAACAACGAGGAGCCAGUUAUCGUCGGUGAUUUCAACAUUCAUGUUGACGACUCUAACUGCAACAAGGCUCGUUCCUUUAACCAGCUAGUCGAAGAGUUGGGCUGGAAUCAGCUUGUCUUGGGUCGUACUCAUAGUGCGGCUCAUACACUCGAUCUCAUUCUCACUCGCAGUGGAAGCAAAUUCGUCUCCGACGUCCAGGAGAUUCGUGGCGUCGUGGAGUCGCACGCCCCGCUGAAGACUAGUGUCGCGGUGCUUCGUGACCCUGCCCCGUGGAUAAACUCCGACAUUCUUGUUUUUCGGCACAAACUUCGAAGAGCUGAGAGAAUCUGGCGUGGUGGUGGAUACCUUCAAGGCCAUUUUGAAUCAUACAAGUGCCUUCGCUCUGAAUAUCGAAGACUUUUAUUUAAGGUGAAGGCCGACUAUCUCUGUUCUACUAUUGCCGACUGCUCUGGCGACCAGAAGAAACUAUACAAGAUUGUUGACUCAUGGCUUGGUCGUUCUAAAGAGCGAUCACUCCCGACUCAUCAGUCUUCAGCUAAGUUGGCCAACGCCUUUUCUUCCUUUUACAGCGACAAGGUAGACGCAAUCAAGGAUGAACUUAUUGGUUCUAGAGCUAGGAUUGAUCCAACCAGUGUCAUUGGCUCGGUUCACUUUUUGGACACUCGAACAGACUCUGAUCUGCUCACUGAGUUCUCCAUCGUCAGUAUCGAGGAAGUCCAUCGAGUGAUCGUUGCCUCCCCCACAAAAUCCUGCGGAUUGGAUCCUAUUCCCACUGGUAUCCUUAAGAAGGUGGCCCCACUGCUCGUUCCAGCGAUCACUUCCAUAGUCAACCUAUCUUUCCAGACCGGCGUUUUCCCUCAGAUCUUCAAGCACGGUCUCAUUACGCCUCUUCUUAAGAAGCCAGCACUCGAUAAAGAAGUUUUCUCCAAUUAUCGACCAGUAACUAAUCUCUCGUUCUUGUCUAAAGUUCUUGAGCGACUAGCAGCCCACCAGCUUGAUGCUCAUCUGGCCAGCCAUGAGAUCCUUUCACCGACUCAGUAUGCCUAUCGCCCUAAUCACUCGACCGAGACCGCGCUACUGGCACUUCAGAAUGACUUACUUCAAGCUGCUAGUCAGGGACAUGGCUGUGUCGUUCUUCUUCUCGAUCUGACCGCCGCUUUUGACACGAUCGAUCAUGAAAUUCUUCUUGAUCGAAUCUCUUCCCACUGUGGCAUUGAUGGAAAGCCUCUUGCCUGGAUCGCUUCAUAUCUAAGAAACCGGACUCAAUCGGUGAUCGUGGAUGGUGUUGAAUCGGUUCCGGUUCAAGUUAAGUAUGGAGUCCCCCAAGGAUCUGUCCUUGGUCCUAAACUCUAUACCAUUUAUGUGAACUGUUUACGGCUGGUGGCUGAGCGGUACGGCAUCAGCAUCGAGCAGUACUCCGACGAUACAGCCAUCUACCUCGAGUUCGGUUUCUCACGUGACUGUCUCGACCAAUUCGACGCCCUUAGGAUCUUGUCCGAGUGCGCCGGCGACUUAAUCGACUGGUUCUCAUUCAACUGGGUCAAGUUGAAUCCCUCAAAAAGUGAGGUUCUUUACUUUGCCCCCUCCGAGCUGGCUGGAAAAUUAGCUCCAAUGCCAUUUCGUGUUGGUGACAACCUUGUCACACCUACUACAUCAGCGAAAGUUCUCGGUGUUCACCUUAGCUCUGAUCUGACGAUGGACCGUCAAAUUUCGGCCAUAUCAAGAGCCGCAAAUUUUAAUUUAUAUCGGCUCGGCAAAAUAAGAAGUCAUCUGACAACGGAAGCCACGAAGAUUCUUGUGCACUCGCUUGUCAUAUCACAUCUUGACUACGCCAACUCCUUACUGGCUGGACUUUCAAAGGAGAAAUUAAGACCUCUUCAAUCGGUGCAGGACUCAGCCGCCCGCCUAAUUCACCGAGGCGUUUUUUCUACUGAAGAGUCAAGAUUUCGACUGCACUGGCUCCCUAUCCACUACAGGAUUCUCUUUAAGGUCCUACUUCUUGUCUUCGACUGUCUGCAAGGAACUGCACCAGUCUACCUACAAGAAUGCGUUGCUCUCCACGUACCCGGCCGUGCAGGUUUACGCGCGGAGGCGAGGAGUCUUCGUGUGGUGGCCUCCACUAGAACUCGGGGGAAGAAGAACGCUCCACCAAAGCCAGCCUACCAAAAGCGGUCGUUUAUCUCUUAUGCACCGCACUACUGGAACGAACUUCCACCAGCUAUCCGGUCAACUUCUAGUCGCCAAGAUUUCAAGAAACUCCUUAAGACACACUUUUUUACCUUGUCAUACCCUUUUUUAACUGCCCGUCACUAA